AUGGAUUGGGGGAAAGAAUUAAAAAAUCUCAAGAUUAGUGAUAAAAUAAAAUGCGAUUCUGAUAGUGAAUGGGAUAAUGAAGAAUGUAUUUUAAAAGAAGAAAAAGUAACAGAAAUAAACGAUCCGGAUUUGGAUUGGGAAAAGAAAGCAGAUCGUGGAUUUGCCUUGAAAAUCGGAAACAAAAAUGUUAUAGAAACAAAAGCAGAAAGAUAUGCUGAUGCUUUUGGUAUCUUAUUAACAAAUAAUUCACCGAGUUCUUCGAAUUCGCCUCAAUUAGAGCAUGAUGGAAAGAAGGAAACUUUUAGCGAGGGCAAUUCUGUUCAUUUAAUACAUAGCGAAGACGAAUCUGAUUGGGAACAUAAGGAAGAUUAUGGAAUGGAUUGGGGAAAAGAAUUAAAAAAUAUCGAAAUUAGUGAUAAAAUAAAAUGCGAUCCUGAUAGUGAAUGGGAUAAUGAAGAUUGUGUUUUUAAUGAGAAUUUAAAACAGAAAGCAGAAAAGGAAAAAGUAACAAACAUUAACGAUUCGGAUUUGGAUUGGGAACAGAAAGCUGACUCUGGAUUUGACUUAAAAAUCGGAAAGAAAAAUGCUGUACAAACAAAGGGAGAUAUAAAAUGUGACUCUCCCAAAAACCUGGACAAUGCUUGGGAUGAGGAGUGUACAAUCAAAAAUUUUGUUAAUAUAAAUCCACAAAUGAAUAAGCUGAAUAAUCAUAAUGCUAUGGAUAAUAAAACAGAAAAUAAAUUGAAAAUUCAAGGAGGAAGUAAGGAAGUUAAAAAGAAAGCCACAAAAGGUAUUUCAAACGAUGCUGAUAUGGAUUGGGAACAAAAAGCUGAUUUAAUUGAUCAGAUAGAUUGGAAGAAUGGAUUUAUUUAA